GACGCCGGCACGCCGGGCGCGGGGACGCCAGAAACAGCCGGUUCCGGAAGUAGGGGUGCAGGUGGCCGUCCCGGCAGCUGGAAGCCGAGCAGGAUCCACGGUAGGGCUGCGGGAGUCAGCAUUGACAGCAGUGUUAGCUGUGGAGUGCGGUUUCUGCAGUUGUUUGUUGCCAUUGCCCUGAAACUGGAGUGUGAAAGGCUGAGACAAGAUGAAGACCGUGCUCAUGGUUGCAGAAAAGCCGUCCCUGGCACAGUCCAUUGCCAAGAUCCUCUCCCGAGGGAACAUGUCCUCACACAAAGGACUGAACGGGGCCUGCUCUGUCCAUGAGUACACCGGAACCUUCGCUGGCCAGCCGGUGCACUUCAAGAUGACGUCCGUCUGUGGCCAUGUGAUGACACUGGAUUUCCUGGGAAAGUAUAACAAGUGGGACAAGGUGGACCCUGCAGAGCUGUUCAGCCAAGCUCCGACGGAGAAAAAGGAAGCGAACCCCAAGCUGACCAUGGUGAAGUUCCUGCAGGUGGAGGGCAGAGGCUGUGACUACAUCGUGCUGUGGCUGGACUGUGACAAGGAAGGGGAGAACAUCUGCUUUGAGAAAUGAAGCCACUUCCCCUGUAAGGAAGCUGCAUGGCCAGGCUCCGGCGGUGCCCCCUCCCCCUGCACAGCCUUCUUAGUCCUCGAUGCUGUUCUGCCCGUUAUGAACAAGGCCCAUGGCAGUGAGAAGACUAUCUUCCGGGCCAGAUUCAGCUCCAUUACAGACACGGACAUCUGCAAUGCCAUGUCCCACCUGGGCGAGCCUGAUCACAAUGAGGCUCUCUCAGUGGAUGCCCGUCAGGAACUGGACCUGCGCAUUGGUUGUGCAUUCACCAGGUUUCAGACCAAGUAUUUCCAGGGUAAAUACGGUGAUUUAGACAGCUCUCUCAUCUCCUUUGGGCCAUGUCAGACACCUACCCUGGGCUUCUGCGUGGAGAGACAUGAUAAAAUCCAGUCCUUCAAACCGGAAACCUACUGGGUGCUGCAGGCCAAGGUUAACACUGAUAAAGACAAAUCUCUCCUUUUGGACUGGGACCGUGUAAGGGUGUUUGACCGGGAGAUCGCACAGAUGUUUCUAAACAUGACCAAGCUGGAGAAGGAAGCUCAGGUGGAGGCCACAAGCAGGAAAGAAAAGGCCAAGCAGAGGCCCCUGGCCCUGAACACCGUGGAGAUGCUGCGUGUGGCCAGCUCGUCUCUGGGCAUGGGGCCGCAGCAUGCUAUGCAAACAGCUGAGCGACUCUACACACAAGGCUACAUCAGCUACCCACGAACGGAGACCACCCAUUACCCCGAGAACUUCGACCUGAAGGGCUCUCUACGGCAGCAGGCCAAUCACCCCUACUGGGCUGACACAGUGAAGCGGUUGUUAGCGGAUGGUAUCAAUCGCCCACGGAAAGGCCAUGAUGCCGGUGACCACCCCCCCAUCACCCCCAUGAGGUCUGCUACAGAGGCUGAAUUAGGGGGUGAUGCAUGGCGGCUGUAUGAGUACAUCACCAGGCACUUCAUUGCUACGCUCAGCCACGACUGCAGGUACCUCCAGAGCAGCAUCUCCUUCCGCAUCGGGCCUGAGCUGUUCAGCUGCUCAGGGAAGACCAUCAUCUCACCAGGCUUCACAGAGAUCAUGCCCUGGCAGAGUGUGCCCCUGGAGGAGAGCCUGCCCACCUGCCAGAGGGGUGAUACCUUUCCCGUGGGCGAGGUGAAGAUGCUGGAGAAGCAGACUAACCCACCUGACUACCUGACCGAGGCAGAGCUCAUCACACUCAUGGAGAAGCAUGGCAUCGGCACAGAUGCCAGCAUCCCUGUGCACAUCAACAACAUCUGCCAGCGCAACUACGUGACUGUGGAGACUGGGCGCCGGCUUAAGCCCACCAACUUGGGCAUCGUCCUGGUGCACGGCUACUAUAAGAUCGAUGCUGAGCUGGUGCUCCCCACCAUCCGCAGCGCAGUAGAGAAGCAGCUGAACCUGAUUGCCCAGGGCAAGGCCGACUACCGCCAGGUCCUGGGCCAUACCUUGGAUGUGUUCAAAAGGAAAUUCCACUACUUCGUUGACUCCAUUGCUGGCAUGGACGAGUUGAUGGAGGUAUCCUUUUCACCCCUGGCGGCCACAGGCAAGCCCCUCUCACGCUGUGGGAAGUGCCACCGGUUCAUGAAGUACAUCCAGGCCAAGCCGAGCCGCCUGCACUGCUCCCACUGCGAUGAGACCUACACACUCCCCCAGAAUGGCACCAUCAAGCUCUACAAGGAGCUCCGGUGCCCGCUGGAUGAUUUUGAGCUGGUCCUGUGGUCAUCAGGCUCUCGGGGCAAGAGCUAUCCGCUGUGCCCCUACUGCUAUAACCACCCACCCUUUCGGGACAUGAAGAAAGGCAUGGGCUGCAAUGAGUGCACACACCCCUCCUGCCAGCACUCGCUGAGCAUGCUGGGCAUCGGCCAGUGUGUGGAAUGUGAGAGCGGGGUGCUGGUGCUGGAUCCCACCUCAGGCCCCAAGUGGAAAGUAGCCUGCAACAAGUGCAACGUGGUGGCUCACUGCUUCGAGAACGCCCAUCGCGUGCGGGUGGCCGCUGACACCUGUGCCAUCUGCGAGGCUGCCUUGCUCGAUGUGGACUUCAACAAAGCCAAGUCCCCACUCCCGGGCGAUGAGACCCAGCACAUGGGCUGCGUCUUCUGUGACCCCAUCUUCCAGGAGCUGGUAGAGCUGAGGCAUGCAGCCUCCUGCCACCCUAUGCACCGUGGUGGGCCUGGAAGGAGGCAGGGUCGAGGGCGGGGCCGGGCCCGGAGACCCCCAGGGAAGCCCAACCCCAGGCGGCCCAAGGACAAGAUGUCAGCCCUGGCUGCCUACUUUGUAUGAUGGCCUGUCACCCUUCACCCAGGCUUCCAUAGGGGGUGGACGCCUUGUAAUGGGCCACUGAAACCAUUAAAACACAUUUUGUCUUCUCCAGA